CUUUAAUGGGAUAGCUUUCAUUUCCUUAAACGUUUCAAAAGUUUUCAUGGGCAGAUAGAAAGAUGAUGGCCCUCAGAAAAUGUCACCUGCUGGUGACCUUUGUCUUUUUUCAAAUUUGUUUAUGUAAUGUAGUGAAAGCUCAAGAUGAUGAUGAAGCAAUCACAAAAUAUGGGUUAAAGUUCCAAGAUACUGAAAAUCCGGCUUUCCUGGAUGGUGCAACAUGGUGUGCAGAGCAGCAGAUGAAGUUAGUGUCAAUUAAAUCAAAGGAAAAGAACGAUGCUAUCUUCAAGCAUGUAGCUAAAAUCGAUAACAGCAGCUGCUAUUAUACAAGUGCAAUAAGGACAUGGAUAAAUGGUGGAUUUUAUUGGUACGACCAAACUAGACUAAGCUUUAGGAAUUUUGGAGAAAACCUGCCAAACAACGCAAUUGAUCCUAAAACAAGACUAGGUUUUAUUGUAGCUGUAAGGAGUAAUGGAACAGACUUAUUUUGGGAAGACAUAGACUCUUCAACCAAAUGUAAAGCUAUAUGUGAAAAAGAAUCUCAGCGAGAGAUGGAUCCAGGUCCACCGGAACCUCCUUUUCCUGACCGUUUAAAAUUCCAACCGUAUUUGAUAACGGGAAAGAAUCUAACACACCUUAUUUGUCAGUAUAACGCUGACAAUCGAACACCUGUGUAUAUUAGAGGACAAAAACAGAUGGAUGACAUAAAAACGAUUUGUAAAGCAAACGAUGAUAGAUAUCCGUAUUACCUACCAAUGGAGAGAAAAGAUAUAAAUUCACCAUUCAUGUGGGAUGACGGAACACCAGUAACUUGGUUCCCGAAUUCGAUUGGAAAUUCUUCAGAAAAAAAUUUGUGUAUUCAAAUUGUAUAUAAACCAGAACUGGACGCUAUGGUAUGGGAAGAUGUUCCCUGUGAUGAAGACAAACCUGUAAUGUGCGGUGAUAAACCGAUUGAUACUCCAUCAACGCCUAUCGAUGAAACUACAAUUGAAAAAGUGGCUUCUACAACACCAUUAACUAUUUUAUCCACCACAAUAGAAACACCAGACACGAGCAAUACUGAAGUCGAUGAAGAUGCUACUAUCUCAGGGAACGAGGCAUCUAGUGGUUCUGCUUCUAUUAAUUCCAAUGUUGAAGAAACGUCAGUGUCAGAAGAAACGCAAUCUCCUAACAUGCCACUAGUAACUCCAGAACCUACAACUGUAAGUAAACCAGAAACAUCAGAAAGCAUAUCUACAGAGACAAAAAAGGACAAUAGUAUACCAGAAAGCGUAACAUCUGGUGGUUUUGCUUCAUCAGAAGGAGCUAUAGCACCAAAUAUGCCACCAGAAACUCCUCCUAGUGGAGAUGGUAGUAUAUCAGGAAGCUUACCAGCUAGUGGUUCCGGUUCGACAGGAAAACCGAUAGAUGUUUCAGGUGGUUCGACAGCAGGUGCAAAACAAAAAGGGAAAUCGAAACGUUGCAAAUGCAGAAACAGGAAGAAUAAAAAAACACACAUCGACACAGAAUUUUAAAUGUCACAUUAUACAGUACGUAAAUCGUUCAGCUUAUAUACACAAAUAUUUACAUACAUUGUAUUAUAUUGAAAAAAUUUUGGCAACUGAGCUCUCUCGAUGAAAAUAUGGUUGUUAGCCAUAAGGGGCAUUAAACUCAAAAUUGACAAAUCAUUUUGACUGACACAAAUAAACGUCAAAAUAUUACAAUGUAUUAGCUAAAUAUUUUUAGCCCAAAGGAAUCGGAAAACUGUUUAGUUUUGAAAUUAGUUUUUAAAUAAAAAAUAUUUUAAACAUUAAACUAAACUCAUUAAUCAUAAACUUUGUUUUUGAUUUAUUUGUGGAGAGCCUUGCUUUAAAACUCACUCAUUCUAUUCGUUCUAACAGCUCUAUUGAACCAAAAACUCGUACUCGAACAGAAGCUUCAACUAACACAGGUUAGCGCAGUUGUCACAAUUCUCUCAAUGUAUAUUCCCUAUGUCCAGCAGAACAAUUGACGUACUGUAUCUGUACCUAUAAAUAAAUAAAAAUAAAAAAU